UUCAGGUUCAUCGGUCUCUAUCCACCAUAUUGUAAACAGGUGCCCGGUGUGCUUGACAACGCCUGUUAUGCCCAUGUAACCAAACUCCUGGGGUUAAAGAAAAGGCGUGAAAACACAGAGAUAACGAAUCGGUCAAGAUGAAGAGGUGUAUAUGUGAAAUCUGUACGUGCGGGCGUCACAGGUGCCCCCAUCGUCCCACAAAUGUCAUUAACAAGGGAUCCCAUCCAUGUGUCCUCACAGAAUACAACAACGAGUACAAACAACAUCCACUUCAGAUGAGGGAGGCUUUCAAGCCCUCGGCCGAGGCCCUCCGAGGAGGACAAUUUGAGGACAAAACCACUCAGAGACAGGACUACAUUAAACACCCACUAGAGCGACCCUUUGUUCGAGUACCAGAGCAAUAUAAGCGACCCCAGGGAGAGAUGGAAGGAAUGACGUCAUACAAGAAGGAAUAUACAGAAAAGCACCAGGAGCCGACACGGAUGAUAAAACACGAUGGGCAGCGCCAGACCCAGGGCAGAUUUGAGGGGGAGCCCACCUACAAGUCUGACUACAGGAAAUGGGAUAUGUCAGGUCGUGUAGGUCCGUACGUCUCCCAGGACGCAUGGCAACCACCUACCAAUAGGUUCGAGGGCGAAAGCACAAUGCAACACGAUUUCAUCAAGUACGACGCUCAAAGGCGUGGCAUGAUCAAACCGCCACAGGCCGCUCAGAUGUCCGACUCCCCCUUCAAUGACAAGACUGGUUACCGCGACGCUUACAUCAAACACCCUCUGGAGCCAAAGUACGUUCAUCCCAAAGAGCUUUACAAGGGCCCUGCAGCACCUUUCGAGGACCUGACCACGUUCAAACGAGAUUAUAAGGGCAACCCUGGAGAGAUUACUAGAAGCUUCAAACCCGAUAACCAAGCUUUCUCGUCCGGGAAGCCGCUAGAGGACACCACCACCAAUAGAAAUGACUAUCGAAAAUGGCCGAUGGAGCGCCCAUUUGUACAUGCGCAUGAGCAGUACAAAAAACCGGAUGGAAGUAUGGAAAUGACCACCACACACAACGCCACCUACCGUGAGUUGCCGAUAGACAGAGUGGUAGCCCAUCGUCCUUCGUCUGCCAAUAAAGCGCGCAAUGCGCCAUUCGAGGGAAGUACUAGUUAUGCAAACGAUUACAAGAAAUGGGAGAUGAGUAAAAACAAACCCAUGAUGCGAGAUGAAUAUCAUCCAAAUAUGGCGCCAUUUGAGGGUCUCUCCACUCAGAAGGCUCAUUUCGUUCCUCAUGAAUUACAACCAAAUAAAAGCUUUAGACCCGACAACACAGCAUUCCAGAGCGGGUCUAAAUUUGAAGGUGGUACUAUGUACCGCUCGGACUAUACCCCUAAACAUGUGGAUAUUUGCCCUGUCGUAGGAAUAGAAAAGGGUCAGGCGCAAUACCAGUUCGUAACCACUGACCAGCGUGGUCACAAGAUGUACCAGCCAGUUUUCGAGAGUGUCCAGUCGCUGACAAAUGGAAUGCAGUCCCCGAACCGGAUGCAGAUGACUGCUGCAUAAUUUGUGAACAAUCUAGAACCGUAUUUCAUUUGUUUCAUGUACAGUCUGUGAUAUUAUGGUUUAAUGGUCACGUUCUGAUGACCGGCUUUGAUUGGGGUCGGGGACAAAAACUAGAUUUCGAUUGUAUUUUCACUGUAGUGCCUUUUUCUGUUUGGUUUCUAAAAGGCAGAAAAAUAGAAUCUUGAAGACAAAAAUGCCGCGACCCUGUAGUGCUAUAGAACUAACAAAAAGUCAUCACAUUUCCGAGAAAGAUAGGCCUUUUCAUUAAACAUUAGUGACGCAAUAUAUUAAGUAUCAGCUUCUAGUUUUUUCUCCUUCAAUAUUACUCCAUGCGCUACUCUUAAAGUCAUUAUAUACCUCUAUUUUUGUAGAUCUAAUUUAGGUCGCCGUUUUUGGUGUCCAGAUGAUAAUAUGUAUUCACGUUUCGUAGUAUUUUGUGUUUGUUAAACAACAAUACAGAAUAUGUUGCCAAAAUAAAAUUGUCUGCCGAUUUCAUGUCGCACAGUUGCUAACAGUUUGCAGUACUGAGCACAUGAAUUUUAUCUGUGUUGGAAAUUUAUGACGUCAUGUACGGUCCAUAGACUCAACGGUAUCUGUGCAGCAUAAAUUCACGAAUAAUCGUUGUUGUUUCGUUAUAGGUAAUAAUAAUUUUGUGAUUAGUAAGGUAUAUGAUAUUAAUGGAUGCGUUAUUCCUCUUGCUUUUUUUUCAACCUGCCGCUUCAAAUGUCACGAAAUUUAUUCUUUUCCCAGCAAUAAAAAAAAAAUCCUCAUAUUUCAUAUACUCCAAGUAAUUAAUAUCCUUUGUAAUUUGAAACACAAGAUUUCACAAUGUUGUUACAUUUUGCAUUAUAUACAUGUAUAUAUAAUCGCUGUACUUUUUCUUUUUAUUUUAUUACAUAGAAAAAUAGAAUGCGAUAAUAUUAAAAGAGAUUUAAUGUUA